GCAAACAUUUGAUCGACAGCUUUUAUCUCCGUGAGGGAAAUUCUAAUCAGAAAGUCAAUGCAUCUAAGCAUCCAUAAAUUAGACAGAGUCAACAAGAAGACAACAUUCUUUGGCGAAACAACGCGUGCCCCGUUUAGAGAUAGCGCAGUGGUCGAGGCAGUUAAAAAGCGUGAUUGGAACUUCUGCUAGGGCCUCGUGGUUCUGGAAAUUCGAGAUCGUUGCUAAUCUUGGUAUACGGUGAUUAGCGAAGAAGAAGAGCAACUAUGCCUACUCCUGGUACGCCGACAACGCCAACGCCAACCGAUAAGGUGACGGUGUUGAUUCGUUGCGGCAUUUCGUUCCUGGGUGACAUUGACGUGAUCCGGCAGCAGUUCACGUGCGAGCUAUGGAUGACGGCGUCAUGGAGGGAGCCCAAGCUUGCUGGGAAGAAAAACGAGGAAGUGAAAUGGGACAAUGAAUGGAGCCCAAAGAUCUCAUUCUCGAACUCUCUCCUGCUCGACCGCGUGUACAAGGGUAGACGAUUGUAUUAUGAGGAGAACAGCACUGUACCGCUUGCGCAAGAGGUGUACAAGAUCCGAGGUACCUUCAAGGAGCAAUUUAGCCUUGAACAGUUUCCCGUGGAUCUACAGGAAUUAUCCAUCAUAAUUUCGUCUGACUGGAGCGACAGGACGGUGACGUUCGAAAAAGACAUGACCAAGCCAGACUACCUCAGACAGCAGACCUUCAGCUCACCACGUGAUUGGGUCCUAUACCCCCACGUGCACACAGACACGGCCACUCAGGAGGGAGAGGGCCUGGGACCCAAUGACCGGAGUUACCCUGUCUAUAUCAUCACUGCGCAUGUCAGGCGCAGGGCCGUGCACUAUUUUUGGAACACGGCGGUAGUUAUGUCUGUUCUUACGGCGCUCUCGUUCGCUUCGUUCGCUAUUCCACCGCAACAGACCGCUGACCGCUUGACCGUCACACUCCUACUUCUGCUCAUUAGCGUUGCGUACAAGUUUGUGACGUCACUGCAUCUACCAAGGACCAGCUAUCUCACAUUCCUGGACAAAUACCAGCUUGGAAAUUUGCUGUUCAUCUCGUUCAUAGCUGUUCUCAACACGAUAGCAGUGGCAGUCGAGUCACGUGAUACAUAUGACAUGGUGUGCCUAUACGCGGGCCUUGCACUGUAUGUCAUCCUGCAAUGUAUGGCGGGAAUUUUGACAUUGCAUAAGCAUUACGUGGUCAAUGGUGAGCUCAAAAAGUUCACAAGAAAAUACGAGAUACGCAAUGAUGAAAUCGAACGUUUGCGGCGCGAGAGGGACUGGUACGCAGAGCGAAGCAAACAGCCAAAGACACCUGCGCCCUCGAUCAUCCUUACUCCGGUCAGCAGACUUCCCAAGUUUUCUGCCAAUGGCUACUCCCCAGCGAGGCAAGGCGCUCCUCUUGCAAGUCCAGACGACACUUUGGGGAUCUCUAACAAGUCAUAUGUGUAAACAAUCAGGAUAGGACAAAGAUCGUAACGGCCUAGUCAUGCUGUAGGGUCCGAUCUCUUGUACUUUUUUACAUAGUCAUUGUUAUUCCGGUCAUUUUUGCGUGUCGCGGCCAUUUUUGCGUGACGCGCCUAUUUUCGCGUGACGCGCCCAUGUUCGCGAGACGCGGCCCAUAUGGUAUUAGAAGUAAGGCAAAACCAAAUGCACAAAAUAAAUCGCCAUCAGCAUCAAUGUCGGGUGUGUAGCGGCGUCAGCUCCGCGUGGCGGAGAGAUCCGGGAAACUUUGAUGAAGUACUCACAAAUUCCACAAGGCUAGGGUUUUAUUGCGUGUAAGAACUUGGUAAGCUUUACAGCGAGUUUGGCCUAGGGCGGCGCUAACUUAAACCCGUGUGAACCCGUCGAAUUUCUGUGAGCCUUAGGGGCUUUACAAGUUUGCUGCAUUUAUAAAGCUAAGGUCACGUGAUCGCUAGCGUUACAUUGAUUGGUGACGUAAUGAGAUGACUAAAAAUAACUAAGGGGUUAUCCAUGGCAUGCGGAUGCCGUUACACUGCUUCCCUAAAUGUGCCUACAUUUAUUAAGAAAAUAAAGUAUAAAUUGCAUAAAA